CCGUGUCAGUCAACGGUCUACUUCGUUCCGCGACGGGUGCUGCGUUGCCUCGUGGGUUUUCGCGGUGGGAACUUCGCGUUUUUUUUUCGGGGACCCGUUUCCAAAGUUUUUCCUGCCUCAAUCUGCUCCAAAGCCUUGUGUUGAUUUUAAUUAAACUCAAUUGCACCGCCUCGGGGAGUAAAAACGACGACGACGACGUCGGGUGUGCAAAUGAAGAUAAUGGGUUGAGUAAUCAAUUUAGGCUCCCUGGUGUGUUCGGUGUGAGGGAGCAAGUGAAAGUGUGACGAAACAAGGGAAAUUUGUGCGCUCAAGUGCCCGCAAAAGAAGAGUUAAACGAAAAAGUUUUCAAUAUUUUUUUCGGGGAAAAAGUUUGUGUUCUUUCGCGAAGUGAUUUCAGUGAAGUGUAGGAUCGGGAGAAAAGCGUUUUUCGGCGAUUCACCCCACGCAUAGUUGACUUUCAGUGAGUGUUAAGUUCCCCAAUAGUGCAGUAAAACCACCCCCCACCGUCAUCGUCAGGAAAAACCUCCCCCCGAAACCGCGACCGAAAAUGAAAAGUGCGAUCCAGUCGUCGAAUAAAUGGAGGCGAAGAGUAAGCAGCACACCGCAGCAGUCCUUCCACAGCCAACGGCUUCGCCUCUGAGAGCCCCCACACAAGCUGCUGCUGCUGCUGCUGGUAGUGGAGGAACAGCGAGCCGCCGGAAACCGUCGGCCCUUGCCAAUCGCGACCAGCAGCUACCGGGCAAACCGAAGCACACGGUCAAGUUUAGGGAGCAAGGCGACCAGGAGCUUCUGGUGGUGACAAUCGAACCUUCUUCGUCCCCUGCUGGCGGCACCUGUCAGCUACCGGCGCUAACUACCACUUCGGAAUCGACAUCCGACCGACCAGGGACUGCCACCCAUCAUCGGGGAACCCCGUAUCCCUCCUUGGCGGCGGGCGACCUAAGAAAACCUAAGGAGAAAGCUAAAUCAAGUGAACAACGGACGAAAAAGGCGGCUACCUCGCCGGCGACGCAAGCGUCCAGUGUAGUCCGGCAGCACGGUCAGCGACUCGCGGAAGGAUGCACGACGCUUAUGUAUGCCUGCCAGCAGGGACUUACCGAGGAAAUUGUUAAGGAAUUGCGCGAAAAGCCGGACGUCGUCCACCGGCGGGACCGGAACAACCGCGGGGCCCUUCACUACGCCAGCAGCUCGAGGGACGUUGUGGCCGCGGCCAGUGUCGCAAUGGUGGCCCCGGAGCUGAUCGAGCAGGCCGAUGAGGACGGGUUCACGCCACUGCAUCUGGCCGUCAUCCAGGGCAACCUGCAGCUGGUCAACCUGCUGCUGGCGAACGGGGCCGACGUGAACGCGCUGGACAACGAGGGCCACUCGGUGGUGCACUGGGCCACAGUAUGCGGCGAAGUGGAAGCUCUCCGUGCGGUGCUGGCGGCCGGUGCCGACGUGUCCACUCCGGACAUCAACGGGGGCAGCCCGUUGCACUACGCCGCCCAGAUGUGCGGCGCCAACUAUGAGGGCAAAACGGCUCGUGCCUCGGCCAAACUGGCACUGGAGAUCCUCGGAACGCUGCUGGCCCAUCCGGACACUUCGGUCGAAGUAGAGGACAAAGAUAGCCGGCAGCCGCUGCUCUGGGCUUCCUCGGCUGGCUCUGCCAAGGCUGUCCUGGCUUUGAUCAAAGCCGGCGCACAGGUCGAGAGUGCAGAUAAGGAUGGACUCACGGCACUUCACUGUGCCGCGUCCCGAGGCCACACGGAAUGUAUAGACACGUUGAUCAAUCUAUGUGGAGCGCACACCGAUCAGAUCGACUCCAAUGGGUGCACGGCUCUGCACUACUCCGUGACGUUAGGUCACGCGGAUGCUACCUCCUUGCUGCUCAAGCUGGAUGCCGAUCCAAACCGACAGGACCGAAAAGGCCGAACUCCAGCACAUUGUGGCUGUGCGAAAGGGCAAAUGGAAACGGUGAAAAUUUUGCACAUGAAGAAAGGGAACUUGUGGCUGAGGAAUGCGAAGGGAGAUUUUCCGGUUCAUGACGCCGCCAGCUCUGGAAGGAGACAGCUGGUACAGUGGCUUUUGCAGAUGAAGCCAAAGCACAUCAACACUCCAAGUAACGAUGGAAGAACGCUUUUGCACAUUGCGGCAGGGCACGAUAAUGUGGACAUGUGUAAGCUCUUGCUGGAAUCUGGAGCGGAGAUGAAUCACCUGUACAGACCGGCAAAAGGUUCGCCCAUGACUCCACUUGACUACGCACUGGCGAAAGGCUUCCGAUCAACGGCAAAGUUUCUCCAGAUGCAAGGAGGACUUCCAGCUAAUAAGUUGCGCCUAUCCAGUCGGCAGCAGAAAAUUCUUCCAGAUAUAGACAAGGUUGAACCCUUAAAACUCACAGAAAAAGAAGAAUUGAUCGACCUGAAGACUUCCAAGCGAUACGUAGUGUACUUGAACUCCAAUUCUGAAUCGGAGAGUCAAGAUGAUCGAUCUCACCGCAAGAGCAGACACAAACGAAAAGGAAGUCACCGAGCUCGUCGAACGAGCAGCUGCAGUGAUAGCGUAUUUCUCUACCGGGAAGGCGCAGCCGAUAUAAGUCGCUCUCGAAGCAACGUCGAACUAAACCGGACCCAUCAUCAUCACCAUCGCAGGCACCAUCACCGAAGCAAUAGUUCUUCAUCGGCUUCCAGCAGCGAUUCGUCUUCGGAUGACUGUUGCAAGCAUAUAAAACGACGGCACAAGUGUUACAAGAAGUGUUCAUCUAAAUCGGCGAGAUCUAAGGAUCGGUCGCACAGGGAAAGGGAUCGUGACCGGGAGAAGGAACCUAAAGAACCGAAGGAGUAUGAAUUUAUGUAUGCCGAGCAACGAGAAGCAGGAAAGCCACGUAAACCGGGAGAACGCAUGGGAAGGAUUGUGUUGAAAGAGGUGCACAGUGGAUCAUCGGAGAACGAAUCGCCAGAGAGUGACCGACGAGGCAGCACAUCGAGAUUAACCGGAAAGAGUGGCCCAUUACUGACGGUGCCGCCGGAAGUUUUGGGAUUAUUAGACGAUCAAUCACUGCCGAAACCACCACCCAAAGCUGAGUUCAACAUCAGGAAGGAGUCUGAUGUAAAAAGCGAUGGCAAAUCUUCGGACACCAGCGUCAAGAAGGUGAAGAAAGGUAAGGGAAACGGGAAGAAAGGUAAAGCAUCUGGGAAAGUGAAGAAGACCGAUUCGCCAAGUGAGGAGGAAACGAAAGACAAGCAGAAGCAACAGCAGGGGGAGAAGAUUGUGACGGAAGCUCUGGUGCACCCGGUGCCGGAGACUAUGGCCAAGUCCACAGAAGAUGAUGGUGCAGCUACCGAUGCGACAUACACAAUCGAUCAGAAAACCAAAUCCGAUUACGAGGGGUUCAGCGAAUCCGAGACUGGGAAAGGGAAAGGCAAACCAGAGACAAUAAUGGAAGCUAAGGAUGAGACCGUGCAGGAAGUUCCACCGGCGGUCCCUUUAGAGGUAAAGGAGGAGGUGGUUCCGGCUCCAAAAAAGGAACGGCCAAAGCUAAAGUCAAACAAAGACAGUAGCACAAGCCGAUCCAGCAAAUCCAAGUCGGAUUCGUCGGAAAAGGAGAUGCCAAAGCAGAAACCAAAGCCGAAAGCGGAAGCAACUCCUGUGGUGACAGCGCCAACGCCGCAGCCAACGCCACCACCGCCACCUCCUCCUGAACCGGAACCAGAACGCGUUGUACCAGAACCCGAACCCGAACCUGCUGUUGAGGAGCCUCCAAUUGUGGUAGAAACUCAUGUACAGGAGGAGGAAAAGCCUUCGGAGUUACCGGUUGUAGUGCCAGAGGCUGAACCUGUGCCUGCAGUCACCGACGGAGAGGCAGUUGUUCCCCAAGAGAUUCCGGUGACAGAACCGCCUGAGUCGGAACCCGAACCGAAGCCAGAACCGGAGCAAGCACCCGAGUCGAAACCGGAACUUGCAGCUGUUGAGCAAUCGACAACUGAGGAGAAGAGCUCUGAAGUUGAAGAAUCGCCUUCGAAAUCAAGUGAAGAUCAGACCGAGCAGCAGCCGCCAGAACCGGAAGAACCGCCAAAGCCCGAACCGAGUGGAGACCAAGCUCUACCACCAACCCCCAAAGAAGAUUCUCCUAAGAAGGUCAGUUUUGACAGAGAACGACCGAAGCUGAGGCGAUCUGGCGAGUCCAUGGUGGAGCACGUGGAGGAAGAGGAAGUUCGAACGGAAGAGGAUGCCGUUGUUCCACUAGCGGCAGCUGCAGCAGUUGACCAAGAGAAGGUCGAUUCGACACGAAGUUUCUACGUGAGUUUGGCGGAUGGAGAAGAAGGCGACGAGAAGAAGAAACGAAAAUUGAAAAAGAGGAAAUCCAAGGAAGACAAAGCCGACGAAGAAGCACAAAGUAGCAAGGAUCAGGACUCCGGUUUUGAGCCAAGUCCGCAAUCGGUACGCAGUAAGUCGACUGUGUUCGACCGUCCAACGAGUACGGCGGUGUUAUCCAAGAGGCCAGCAUUUACAAUGGUAGAGGAGCGAGCGAUCAGCUCCAGGCCGGAUGGUCGCAAACCUGGCGACAAGAAUGCUGUUAACAUGACCACCGUGCAACAGUCCAUCCAGCGAAAUAUUCGAAGAUACUACAUGGAGAGAAAAAUUUUCCAACACCUGCUGGAGCUGAAAAGCCUCCAGAUCCGCUCGACCAAGGUCAACGAGAGCGCCCUGGUGAAGAGGGCCGUAGACGACUACCACAAGUCGACGAUCGAGCUGGGCUACGAGACGGGCUCGACACUCAAGCGCUAUCCCUACUCGGAGUACUCGUUCAAGAACUUCGAGCUGUUCCUGUACGACACGUUGAAGAGCCUACAGAAGCGCGAGACGUACAACUUCCAGAACAUCUCCGAGGUGUACGACGAGCAAGAGGCCGAACGUCGAUCCAGCCCCGAUGUAAGUCGAUACGAACGAGCCCUGAACUGCACCACCAAGACCCAUCGCUGCCUUCAUGCCACCCACGCGUACACGGGAAUCCCUUGCGCUGCCUACAUCCCCAUGAUGAACCAUCACACGAUGCCCAAGCUCGGAUUUGGCCAGUACAAAUCGUCCCCCAGUGGGGUUGGCAGUUUUUUCCUGCCGAAAAUUCUCACCAACCCAACGGACCGGAGCUGCCCCGGAAGUAGCGCCAGCUAUCUAACACCCAUAGGCGGCGGCGGCGGAGCAGCAAGCAAGGGAAGUCCGCGGAAGGUCAGCCUCACCAACAGCAGCAGUCCUCUUCCAGUGAUGCCCAGCAUUCGGCCGAACGGCAACAGCUCCAACAGCAACAUCAACAGCAGCAGUCCCACUCAAGCUCCCUUCCAGCUGUUGUAGAGGAAGACUCCAAUUUGGAGUCCAGCUCUGGACCGUCACCCUCGGUAUAGCCCCGAGAAGCAAACGGCACUGCCACAACUGUUCCAAACAGUUGUAUUAGAAUGUUUAGAUUUUUUCAUCAAAAUUUUGCGGUCUUCUAGUCGGAUAUUAGUGCAGCAAUUAGGCAAUGAGUGUAUAUUUGAAA